GCUCGCAGGUGGAAGGACUUCCCCCCGACCAGCGAUCCUAGGUCUGGGUCGAGGUCUUGGAGGAGAAGUCUCGGAAGCUGGCGAGCGAGCACGAUGAGUCACGCCCAGUCGCGCCAUCUUGAUGACUCGAUAAGCCGGCUGCUUUUUAUUUUUCAUCGGAGCUUGGGCAUUCCCUACCGUUGGUACCAGGCGCGGAGCCAGGAGCGGAGGGGCUAUGUCGUCUCGCCUCAAAGGCAGGAAAAAAGUCGCGCUUUGUCCCAGGACGACAGCUUUCGCGACGCCCCCCCCCCUGAACUCGCCCCUGGAUCCGCCCCCGGUCGGCUCGCUCGAACACCCCUUCGCAGACGGCCGGCAUGCUAUAGAACCGUCCGGAUGCGACAGGCUCGCAGGAUCUAUGCUGGGCGGCCAAUGGCCCCCGCCUCAAAACAAAAACAACAGUCGCUUUGACGUCACCCAAUCGGCUACGUCGAUAAGACGCCAAUAAUUGGCCUAGAAACAAAGGAAAGCAUGCGCGCGGCCCUCGCUCUAGGAGCGCUGGCCCUCCUGGGAGUGCUGGGGGCCCCGCCGGCCGCCGCCAGCCCCGCCAGGCCCGCCCGGCCCGGCUACAUCAAGUGCGAGGACAGCAGCGAGUGCGGCACCUGGGAGUGCUGCGUCCUCGGCACGGGCCGCUUCAGCCUGCCCCGCUGUGUGCCGAUGCCGGACCUGGGCGAGACCUGCCGGCCGGGCCGCGAGCGCCCCGAGAACGUGACGCUGAGCUACCCCGACGGCAGCGAGGUCUUCCUGUCCGCCGUGCACCUGCAGCUCUGCCCCUGCACGCCCGGCCUGCGCUGCGACCCGCAGCAGGCCGCGUGCGCCGCCGCCGAGGAGCAGCACGAGAACGACGUGGACCUCGACGGCGACCUCAACGGGCUCUAGGCCGUCCCUGUGAGGUCUGGGGUUCGAACACCGCGCCGCGGGGUGGCGCUCUGUCUCUGUCGCAUCCCCACGGGGUGCCCCGCGAGUGCGAGAGAGACGCGGGAUGCCAGCGCUGCCCUUCGGGUCCUUCGGACAGGCCCUUGGCUUGGCGGCGCCCUUCGCGCCCUUGGCGAGCCCCGCCGGUCCGUCUGGCGGUCAAUUCGGUGCCACUGUUGUUGUUGGUCUUGCCGGUCCGCCACCCAUUGAGUCUCCACACCAUAAGGACGUUACGCCGCCAGGCCGCCAGCAGACUCAUUCCGUCGCUCUGUCUCUCUCGCGCCGGUGCGGCUAUGCGGCGCGCUCCUCGAGUGCGAGAGGGACGGGGCGACGGCGGUCAGCAGACUCAUUGGCGUCAAAUGGCGCUUCCCGCUCGCCGCGCUUGCUCCUCAUGCCGAACGUCUCAAGGUCGCGGGCAAGGUCAAAGCAACACACAUGAGUCACGGACUCGCCUCCUCAAGAGUACUCGGUUUUCUGUCACGGCGUCAUCUUUGGAAAUAAAAAUGAGUUGAAAAGUA